AAAAAGCGGAGCUAUAUGUGUAAGUCUGGAGAAGAAGAACGAGCUGCUGUCUACUGGCUUUAUUUAAACGGUGACGUUCGUGCGUUUUCCUCUAUUUAAUUGCUUAAUUUCACACCACUGUCAGCAAUGAGUCUUCACAAAUUAAGCAGCUCAAAUAAAAUGAAACAGCCCAGAGAACCACUGGUAACAGUAACACCGCCUGUCCCAUGGCCAAAUUCAUAAGGUAGUCUGCACAAAAACAAAAAACAAAACAAAACAAAAACAAAAUGGAUAAACCCUCCGCAGGAAUGAGUCAAGUUGGUUCUCGCUCGACAGCCUCUCUGCCCCCAGAGCCUGUGGAUAUAAUCCGGAGUAUGUCAUGCUACCGGCGUGUCAAACUGAACGUAGGGGGUCUGCCGCACGAGGUCCUGUGGAGAACCCUGGACCGACUGCCGCGCACACGACUGGGCAAGUUACGAGACUGCAAAACCCACGAAUCACUCAUGGACAUAUGCGACGACUACAACCUAGAGGACAAUGAGUACUUUUUUGACCGGCACCCCGGGGCGUUCACAUCUAUACUGAACUUCUACCGCACUGGGAAGUUGCACAUGAUGGAGGAAAUGUGCGCCCUGUCCUUCAGCCAGGAGCUGGACUACUGGGGGGUGGAUGAGAUCUACCUGGAGUCGUGUUGCCAGGCGCGGUACCAUCAAAAGAAAGAGCAGAUGAACGAGGAGCUCAAAAGGGAAGCUGAUACUCUGAAGGACCGGGACGGCGAAGAAUUCGAUAAUACUUGUUGUUCAGAGAAAAGGAGGAAACUGUGGGAUCUACUAGAGAAACCAGGCUCAUCUGUAGCAGCCAAGUCACAUGGGAUUGGGAGGGACAGUUCAGUGACUGUCCUUCUUGUUACCAGGCAACAGAGAGAUGACUCUAUCACUUUGAAAGUGUAA